CACUCACGCUUUCUCCUAUCGUCCGUCUGUUUCUUUUGAUGGUGCUGAGACGUCUAUGCGAUUUCCAUGGAUGGUGACGCCACCAACACAACCUUCAUAACGACAAUUCUCACCAAACCCAUCUUCAAAGUUUUAUUAUUUUCCCCUUUCUCUCUCUCUCUCUCUCUCUCAUUGCAUGCUUACCCGAUUGGGAAACUCUUGUCAUCCUUAUUGAUCUUCUUCCAAGAGCGAUUUUCCCGAUCCAAAAUCUGGGUCGAUAGAAUUCUAAAGGUAUCAAUUUUCAGAAAUUUCAUACAUUCGGAUGGCUGCUUACGCGAAUUAUCUCCGGCUGGCACGACUUGGAACUAGUUCAGGUGUAAACCUGUCGACCCUCAGAUCAAUCGGUUCUCCAAAUCCGACAUUUGACAAGACUCUGUUUGAUCACCACGAGAUUCGUUCUUCUUCUUCUUCCUUAGUAUCAUAUUCCGCACACAGACGAUUCCACGCCAGAUUCAUAUCUCAACUUAUCAAAACCAAUGGGAAACGUUUGUUUCUUGUCGACACACUCGCCUUGGUUAGGAGCUUAGAAGCUCAAGGCCUGCCUUCAAAGCAAGCCGAGGCAAUAACCGGUGCUAUAACUGAAGUUCUUAACGAUAGCUUAGGAGUUGUUUCCCAGUUGGUUGUCUCUAAGGGAGAGAUGCAGAAAGCUGAAAUGACGCAGGAAUCAAACUUAUCCAAGUUCAAAAGUGAGAUUAACAGUUCACUCGACCACCAUUUCUCUUUGUUGCAACACGAGAAUGAGAAACUCCGCAAUGACAUAGAGCGAAUCCGCUCUGAUAUAAGACACGAGAUUGACAAAGUCACAGCAGGACAGCGGUUGGACCUAAAUCUUGAAAAGGGGAGGAUAAGAGAUGAGUUACAAAAUCAAAACGCUGAAACCUCUAACCUUACAAACAAGCUUGACCGUGAGAUUCACACUUUGAGAGCUCAGCUGGAAGCAGCCAAGUACGAAGUAAUCAAGUACUGUAUUGGUACCCUCGUCUCCAUCUCAGCCGUUGGUCUUGCAGUCCUCCGGAUCGUCAUGUAACUUCUCAUACGACGGUGCCGGCUUUAAGACCAACUCAUCAUCUUUGUUGUUUUUUAAUUACGGGAUGAUAGAAAUGUUGGUCUGUGCUCCAUAUCUUGUUCAUUAUUCGUAUGUUUAAUGUAAUCUUUUCUUUCUUUCUUUUAUGUGAAGGAAAUAAAGACUUAACCAGUCUAGUAUAAUUUGAACCCUUCAUGUGUAUAUAACGAUGUUCUUUCA